GGGUGGGGCUGGGGUUUAAAACCUUGAGCUCCCCUUAACUUCUGCUUUCUAUUUCAUCUUUCACAUGUUAGUCCCAAGACUCCUUCCUGUCGCCCUCGCCUUAUGUCAUGUCGUCAUAAUUAGAGGGAAUCUGUGACUCCUUAAAUUUAGAGCUAUAAUUUGGAAAGGAGAAUUCUUAAAUCCCUGUUGCAAACUCAUGACUCAGAAAGUCUUAAUCAAAUUACUCAACUUCACUUACUUCCUUUUCCGUAACAGCAAGAUAGAUAGGAAUUCACCCCUGUUAUUAUUUUUCAGGGAGGUAGUGAGUUUUAAAGAGAUGUUGUUGUGUGCCAUCGAGUCAUUUCUGGCUCCUACUGCCCUACACGACACAGUGGAGAUGCCCCAGAGGGGUUCCAAGGAGCACCUGGUGAAUUUGAACUGCCGAUCUUUUGGUUAGCAGCCUGAGCUCUUAACGACUUCAUCACCAGGGAUCCUUGAAAGAGAUGGCAAAUGCAAACUCUUGGAAGGAAAGCACUUACAGGCGGAUCUUGUAACAAUAAACCCACCAGCUGUGAAGUCUUGUUUUCCUCACUCACCUGUCUCUGUCUUUGUCCUUUUUGGGUCCCUGCAGCUUCAAUAAAUGCUUAGAGGUAGCUCUGUAAAGUGGUGUAAAGUCAGGAUCUUUUCAUAAACAUACCAUGCUCUACUACAACCACCUCCCUCCCCCCUCAACCGUGAUAGCUUUCAAGAGUUCCGUCCGCUGUUGUUGGAUAAAAUGUGCCGAACUCAAUUCUAUCCCUUCCUGUUGCAACUUCCUUCUUAAAACACGCUCAGGGUUGAGUCUUUAGUGCUCUAAUCCAGAGGAAAAUGACUUAUUUUAAAAAGCAGUGAAAAACACUGCAUUCCUUUGGCACAGGAUGCAUACCAGCUCAGCUCUUCAGCCGUUGAUCGUUGUCUAUUGUUCUCCAAACAGUAAACCACUAUUUCAGACUGAGAUUGUCCAGCUGCGCUUAUAGUGAGCUCUCAAGCUCCUCAUGAAUAUGAAGUGAAGGGCUGUGACCCAGAAAGUGGCAGAUAAUCUUAAGGAAAAAAAGACAGGUAGGAAAGGAAAAGAAAAAAAAAAGAAAAAGAGGCUCUAUGUAAUUCUACACUCUUGAACAUUCCUACAGGUUCUCAGCAGGGCAAAAUGGGGUCUCGGAAGUGUGGAGGCUACUUAAGUGGUCUACUGAUCCUGCUUGCACUUUGGAGCAUAAUUGUUAAUAUAUUAUUGUAUUUCCCAAAUGGGCAAGCUUCCUAUGCAUCCAGCCAUAAACUCACCAACUACGUGUGGUUCUUUGAAGGAAUCUGUUUCUCAGGUGUCAUGAUGCUUAUAGUAGCAGCAGUCCUUCUUGUACUGGAGAAUGAAAACAACCCUAAAUGUUGCCAGAGUGAAAACUGCAGCAAAAAGUACAUGACAUUGCUGUCGAUUAUCUUUUCUGCCCUUGGACUUGCUUUCUCUGGAUACUGCCUGGUCAUAUCUGCCUUGGGCCUUGUCCAGGGCCCAUACUGUCGCACCCUCAACGGCUGGGAGUACGCCUUUGAAGGCACCGCAGGACGUUUCCUUACAGAUUCCAGCACGUGGAUUCAGUGCCUGGAACCUGCACAUGUAGUGGAGUGGAACCUCAUUCUAUUUUCCAUUCUCAUAACCCUCAGUGGACUUCAAGUGAUUGUCUGCCUCAUCAGAGUAGUCAUUCAGCUGUCCAAGAUGCUGUGUGUAACCUACUCAGUCAUCAUCCAGCCUGGAGUCAUUUGAAUAAGGACAAGAAUGUCAAGCAAUAUGUUACCAGGAUCUUCAGAAGUAUUUAUGCCAUUAGAUCAAACAAAUCUAUUUCCAAGACUCUCUCCCAUGGAAAUAAAUACGAAUACAGGAUAAGACUUCGUGCAAAUACAUAUAUUGCACACUGUUUAAUAAAUUCCAGAAUGCUAGAAAUAGCCAGAAAGUCUUACUUUAAAGGUGUGAUUAAGUAAAGAGUGGUACAUUGGUUGAAAUAUUAUACAGUCAUGGCAAGUGAUGGUUAUGAAAAUUAUGAAUAAUGCCAGGUGAAAAAACAGGUUAUAAGGUUAUUUAUAUAUUAUAAACAUAAGUGGAAACUCUGGUGGAGUAGCGGUUAAGUGCUACAGCUGCUAACCAAAAGGGCCGGCAGUUCGAAUCCACCAGGCGCUCCUUGGAAACUCUGUGGGGCAGUUCUACUCUGUCCUGUGGGGUCACUAUGAGUCGGAAUCAACUCGACAGCACUGGGUUUGGUUUUUUGUUUUUUUUUUUGGUUUAUAAACAUAACUAUCUAAAACAAACAAAAUUUAGGAUAAAAAAUCUAGAGGGUAGUACACCAAAAUGUAAACCAUGGUUGGCCUUUCUACUUUUCUGUAUUUUCUAAGUUUUCAUUACUGAGUAUGUAUUACUAUUAAAAUUUUAAAAAACUCACACUUUUACUAUUAAAAAAUCAUUGCCACUUUUCUAACCUUAAAUGGCACCUGCUUUUUCCACACACACCCCCCUUGAGUAUCUGUAAAUACGAAAUGCCCCUUCAAAUAACUUUGAUAUAGAUGGGCCAAGAAAGUUUUAUAUAAAUAUAUAUAAUCUGAUUAAGCUCUUGGCCUCACUUUCUCUCUCCUGGUAGUGAACAUGGGAUUAGAAAAGGUAGACUUAAAAUAAAUGCAUAGCCGGGGACAUGCUCAAGAGGCUAGAGAAAGUGACCAUUGACCAGUUAGUUCCCCAUACCUGUGUUAUGGGGGAUGACCACUAUAUGUGUGUUUGUCAACAAA